AUGGAGAUAGCGCUGCGAGAAGCAAGYCAACAGCGCCUAGGAACAACCCUCUGGUCGGACGGCUCUAGGCAAGAAAAUGGGCGUACUAGCGCGGGUGUGGCGCUCCAGCCAAUGCCCGGAGCUCCGUGGGAGAGCCUAGAAGUGCCUAUGGGCACCGGAUAUGANUGGCGCGGGUGUGGCGCUCCAGCCAAUGCCCGGAGCUCCGUGGGAGAGCCUAGAAGUGCCUAUGGGCACCGGAUAUGA